GUGUACAUGUGAGUACUUGCAGUUGAAACCAUGUGUUGUUUUCCUGGUUUCUGGACGUAAAAAUGGGUUCGCCAAGUCGAAUUUUUUGUGGAUAUCGAGCCUUAGGCUUCAAUAGCAAUCAUGUUCCUCUAGCCGUGCGAUAUCACCAGAAACAUAAAGAGAAUUAUGUCGUGACUUGUGUCGGAAAAGCAUUCCAUACUUACAACUGUUCCAAACUAGGAAUUGUGAGUGUUAGCAAUUCUCAUCCAGAUGAUAUAAACUGCCUUGCUGUAGAUGCCUACCUUGUCUUUACUGGAUGUAAGAAUGUCAUUAGGGCCUUCACAAGAGGAAGGGAGGUAUCUCACACUUAUGAGGGCCAUGAGAGCAAUGUGAUCCUUCUCUUACCAUUUGGUAACCAUUUAAUAUCAGUUGAUGAAGACAGUUAUGUUAAUAUAUGGGAUAUUCAAAGUGAAGAAUUAUACUCUUCCCUUGGUUUUGAGAAGGAGGUUUUUGCCAUCACAGCUGCAUUUCACCCUAGCACUUACCUGAACAAGAUCUUGCUUGGCAGCAAGCAGGGCGCUUUACAACUGUGGAACAUCAAAACUGGGAAACUGAUCUACAGUUUUACAGGGUGGAAACAAGCUGUUACUGUUUUAGAACAGGCCCCAGCUGUAGAUGUGGCCGCUAUUGGUUUAGCUGAUGGACAAGUAAUUCUGCAUAAUUUGAAAUAUGAUGAGACUCUGAUGAAAUUCAUGCAGGAUUGGGGUCCAGUUACUACUGUGGCAUUCAGAACAGAUGGCUCCCCAGUAAUGGCGACAGGCAGUGUGGCAGGACACAUUGCCUUGUGGAACCUGGAGGAAAAGAGGCUGCUGAGUCAGAUGAGAGGGGCCCACAGUGGGUCUGUAACAGGAAUGAAAUGUCUUCCAUCAGAACCCCUAAUGGUCACCUCGUCUGCAGAUAAUUCACUCAAGGUGUGGAUAUUUGACCAGCCAGAUGGUGGAGGAAGGUUGCUACGACAACGCACUGGACACAGUGCCCCUCCUUCAAAGGUCCGUUUCCAUGGCAAUAAUGGGCAGAAUAUCCUGAGUGCAGGUCAGGAUAGUACUCUGAGGUCAUUUUCAACAGUGCAUGACAGGCACAAUAAGAGCCUGGGAAGAGCAUCAUAUAACAAAGCAGAAACCAAGAAGACUGGGUUAAAAUUGGAUCAACACAUGAUGCCUCCCAUCACAGACUUUGACUCAGAGAUAUCCCGACAAAGUGACUGGGAUAAUAUACUUGCCUGCCACAGAGGUCUUGGAGAAGUGACCACAUGGAAUUGCCAGAGGUCAUCAAUGGGCAAACACAGGCUGGCACAUCAGAGACUGACCAGUAAAGAACAUGGUGGGACAGUGGCACUGUGUGUAUGCCUGACAUCGUGUGGCAACUUUGGUUUGAUAGGGUACAGCUCAGGCCAUGUGGACGUCUACAACAUGCAGUCAGGACUACACAGAGGUUCUUAUGGCAAUCCUUCUGCCCAUGAUGGUGCUGUAAGAGGAGUAGCUGUAGAUAGUCUGAAUCAAGUCACAGUAACAGCAGGAGCAGAUUUCACAAUUAAAUUCUGGAAGUUCAAGCAAAAGCAGUUGUUGGAGACACUCAAAGUGGAAGCACAGGUUGCCAGUAUUUUAUUACACAGAGAAAGCUGUAUGUUAGCUGCAGCGUGUGAUGAUUUCAGCAUAUCUAUCAUAGACAUUGAAACCAGGAAGGUAGUGAGGCGCUUUGAGGGGCACACAAAUAGAGUGAAUGACAUGGUGAGGGUCACAAAACAAACAGCCACAAAUACUUUUAGUCCAGACUCCAGAUGGUUGGUCACUGCCUCAAUGGAUGCUUUGGUCAGGACAUGGGACCUUCCAACUGGACGGUUAUUAGAUUGCUUUGCAUUGGAUGCCGCAGUGACCAGUCUGACCAUGUCCUCUACUGGUGACUUUCUGGCCACCACCCAUGUAGAUGACCUAGGGAUAUAUCUGUGGUCAAACAAGACAUUGUACACACAUGUCCCUCUCAGGCCACUGCCUAGUGACUUUGAACCAGUCACAAUGGAGAUGCCAUCCACCAGCAGAAAGUCUCAAGGUGCUCCAGAAGAGAGAGAGGAGGAUGUAGAAUAUGUGACAUCAGAUUUCAAAUCACCAGCCCAGAUAUCGGAUGAGUUGGUCACUUUGUCACUUCUUCCCAACUCUAGGUGGCAGAAUCUCCUCCAUCUUGACAUAAUCAAGCAAAGGAAUAAACCCAAAGAACCACCCAAAGUGCCCAAAUCUGCCCCGUUCUUCCUCCCUACUGUACCAGGACUGGAGUUCAAGUUUGCACCAGCAGAUGAAGGAAUUGUUGCUAACAAGGAGGGUUCUCAUAUUUCCAAACUCACAGAAACUCAAAACUUGACAGAAUUUGGAAAAUUGUUAAAGAUGUCAGCAUCAAAUGGGAACACAUCAGAAGUACUGUCCAAGCUGAAGGAGCUCAGUCCUGCAGCCAUUGACGUAGAGUUAAGGGGUCUGGCUCCAGAGGCAGGGGGGUCUGUAGCCCUGAUGGUGCAGUUCCUGAAGUUCAUCAGCGAUGUUCUGGAUUCCAAAAAGGACUUUGAACUUGCACAAGCUUAUCUGGGUUUAUUUCUUAAGCUGCAUGGGGAGUUGAUUGCUAAUGACCAGCAGUUACUAGAGCAAGCCCAACUACUAGGCAACAGCCAGGCGCAAGCUUGGAAACAUUUACAAACUAUGUUUAACCAAAGCUUAUGUUUGGUGAACUAUUUAAAAAGUGCAACAUUAUGAUAAUUGUUUUACCCCUUUAUUUUUCAAAUACACAUGCCCAUUAGUUAAAAAUGAAGAACGAAGAAGGGUUGUGGUGUAUUCAUAUAAAUCAUGCAAUAUAGAAAAAACUUUGAAACUGUUUUUUUUUCAUUUAACAUCAUGCAUCUGUAAAACUCAUUUAGGGAAAGUAAAUAAAGAAAAAAAUGCACCAAUUUCUAAAUGUAGACAUGUUUUUUAUUUAACAUCAAAAAUAUUUUGGUGCAGUAUAAUCCAGUAAGCAUUCAGAAUAAUCUGACUUUAACCUCUCAGUUGAGGUGUAAAUGGGAUAAGCUGCAAUACACAUGAAAUUAGUCUCUAGUGUUAUUUGAUUAGUAUGUCUUGAUUACUAUACAGAUCAAAUUUUAAUAACACUGGAAUCUGAAUAUUAAAAUUGGCUAAACUGUCCAGU